CCUAAAUUAAAUUAUUUCGGAGGCGAAGGGAAUUUUUCCCUAUCGAAAAUACCUCAUUUUCUGCACCAUGGCAUGCGUUGAUUUCGCUCCCUCUUGUAUUAAGGAAGGUGGAUGGAUGUCUGAUCCCCAAUAUGAACCUUUUAGUCUGUUAGUCACUCGAGUGAAUGCUUGGCUUCGGUCCAACCAACAUUACAGCAUUGUCAGGCUGGAGACCAUCGACAUUCAUCCAAAGUCUGGUGUCCAAGAUGUGAGAAACACGGACACCAGUUGGAGCACUAACCAGCUUUAUUAUACAACGGGAAAGAAUAAUCAUGUUGUUAGAGCUGAUAAGGCAAUGGGAGUUCGCUCCUUGGCUGACCGAGCUAAUGGCUGGCUUAGGUCUAAUCCUCAUUAUCGUGUUGUCGCCAUAGAAACUUUAGAUGUUUUCCCAAAAUAUGGUAGAGCAUUGGCUAAGGCUCAGUCUCAGUUUACAGUCAUGACAUCGUACUAUGUGACACGAAGUAACAACAGCAGCAAGACCCACAGAUCCAGUAAGAUAUUGGGCCUUCGCAUUUGGUAUGCACAAGCAGGAGCAGAGCAGAUAGCACCACAGCAGUUCGGGUUUAUCAAUCUCCCACCCGCGUUGCUUGACCAUCAUGAUCGACCAGAUUUCGAGACCUUUGGACAGACGAUUAAUAAAUUUAAUGAAGGGAGAAGCUAUAGACCAUUGUCAGGUGCCAUUUUGAAUAUGGAAACAGUCACAAUUCGAACAGACAGUAAAGGUAGAGCAGACCCAGAUGGCACAUACUUUUCGGGCUCAGUGUCAUAUGAUCUGACAUUUAUACGAAUAUUCUUUAUAAUCGGAGAUAAGCCAGUUGCUGAAGAAAUAGGGUGUGCCGACUUUGUUCCUAAUUACCUUGGUGGUGAGGAUCAUGCAUUUGAGGGAUUGACGUCUGUAUUCAACAAAGCUAGUGAUUGGGUGACACAGCAAGCAGGUAUUCGGGUCACAAACAUUGAGUCACCUUGGUGCAAGGUCAAAUCAGAACAUGAAAUCGACUCUCAACGAGUGUUAAACCAUUUCUGGUCAGGGACGCCUAUUCUUCGUUUUGUGCGUGUCUGGUAUGUUAAACCGUUAGACGCGUCUCUCCAGUUGCCCCCGCCUCCCAUGCUGAGGUGUCAGAUGUUUGUACCAGCUCGCAUGAAGACAGCCGGUUCGCUGGAGAAACAAUUUGAAUCGGUUUUUGACUUGACAGCCCGGGUGUGCCAGUGGUUGCCACGUGCAGGUGGUCGCCUCAUGUCCGUGGAGACGAUAACGGUGCCAGUUUCACAGUACCUGGAUAAAGUGGAUCCUGAUCGGACAAGAUCAAGGCAUAAACAUCAUCAAAAAACUUUCCUACGGUUUUAUUUUGAUGGCGAGUUUCAACCUCCAAAUCCAUCAACAUUUCCGGCACCUGGUGAAGUGGUGGACAAUAGUUCUUGUGAGAUUAUGUAAAGACAUCAUGAUGUCAGUGGUCAAGUACCCCAAUAAUGACAAUACUGAUAGUAGAUGUCAGGAGUCAUACUAUCCAGGCGACGUGAAGUUCGACUCGACAUGCACAUGCAUGAAACCUUGUAAUAUUAUUCGUGUCAAAAUAUGUAGAAACAUGUGUAAUCAAGUUAGAAAAGUGUCACAUACAGGACACACAGUCAGUGGAUACUAUUAUGCUAUUUUUAGCUUAUUUUUUCUAAUAAAAUUAGCAAGAUUUUGGUGAACGCUAUAUUUUCAAGGAUAACUAGACAAAAUAUGAUGUGAAUACAGUGAACCAUGAAAUUUUUGCGAGCAUCAUUUUCUUCACUAUAUCAAAUGCUAAUUUAAAUAGCACGAAAAUUUUAACUUUGAUGCUAUAAAUUAACCAUAAAAUGUUGGCAGCAAACAUUAUAUUUGUUGUCUACAACCAAUUGAAAAAUAACAAAUUGGCCAACUUUUAGCUUGACGAACAUUUCGCGGUUUACUGUAUGUAAAUGUAUGUACUUAAAACUCAAGUAUGAUUUACUUGUGCUAUCCUUUUCUUUGUGGCAUAUCAUCAUUUGUCAACUUUGAGGACAUGUACGUACUCCGGUACAAAUUCUUGCAUUUAACCUGACAUGAAUUCUUCCACUUUUCUUUGUUUUAUGUAGAUAUUGUUUGUAUUCAUACUGUAUUGAUGAGAAAAUGAUUAUUUAUUUACGAUAUAUUGCAUUUUAGUUGUAGCAAGAAUUUUCACUAUUGGUUUUACAUGUAGAUAUAUUUUUUAUCUGCUUGAUUUCAUUUCAUGUAUAUAUGUAUUUUCUUUAUCUUCUGUUUGUAUUUUUGGUUGUUUGAAAAAAGAGGUGCACAGAACAUCGAUAUCGAAAUGCCCUUUGUCCCUUUUACCGAAACAGGCACUUGCAGCUGACUGCAGUCAAAAUCAUAUUAAUGGAUCACAUUUCAAAACUCUUCCAGUUUACACAGCCCUUGCUGGUAUACUUUUAUUAGGGUCCUUUAUUCCCACAGUGAGGUUUCUUCCUGUGUUUUGAAUAUCUAAAAAAUAUCAUGAUUGAACAAGGUACUUGGGAAUAUUGUAUGAUAAUGAUGUCUACUGCUGCUGUACAUCUUGACUCGGGUUGUUGAAUAACUGUAAAUUACACGCAUGUAAAUUGUAAAUGAUAUAUGUAACUGAAAACUGUAUACAUGUAUAUGAAUGUUGAAAAUAUGUUGCCAGGCAAUCAUUGAAUAAAUCAAUAUUCGUACUGAA